AUGGACCUCCAGAAUAUCAUCAACUCAAGACCACCCAAUGGACUCUACCAAAAAACCAAUACAACCACACUGACACAAGCUCUCAAAGAUAUUAAACUCAAAACCGUCAUCGCGGUUGCGACAGAUGAACAUGCGGCAGUAACGCUUAAACAAGUUUUGGAAGAGUCCGUUCUCCUUGCUAUUUCAGUAGGGGACGAAGAGCAAUUCAAGAAGGAUUAUGACCAAUUGGAGAAAUUAUACUUCAGCCGAAAUGUUCGCUCCCGGCUAACUUUCAAUGAAACUGAAUGCUUACUCUUAGGUAUUGGCUUGAUGCGAAAUCUAAGGGAUAACGAUAUUCCUUCGUUUCACGUCCUGCUUCAAGAAAUUCGGUAUCUAGUUGAAAAAGUAAAGGGAACAAGCGACAUGGCCAAAAGUCUAGCACAGGGCUGGCAAUACUUGGAAUUCCCGCUAGAUAUAGAGAAAGAAAUUGCCAACGGGAACAUGUCCCGGGUAUUGGAGCUCGCCGAGCGGAAAGUUCCUCAUGACGCAUACUUGCCUUUCACCCGGGCAUUAAUCUUGACCAUCCGCACACACGUGUGCACCGCCCUGGAAUCGGCCUACCAAAAAAACCAAGUCGUCUAG